UUCCGACGUCUCAUUCUCUCUCCACAUUUCCUUUUGAUCCCUUCUCUUUUCUCUCUCUCUCCGGCCGGUUGAUCGAGGUGAGCGUUUCCUGACCUACUUGCUCGGAUUAAUUACAAAUUGAUUUGAUCACGUAGAUAAUUACAUCAUCAUCAUAUUGAUGGAUGGAUGCUUGCACAUAUAUGCAUGCGUUUUGAAUCUGGUGAUGUAAUGAUAUCCAAUUAAUAAUCUUGCUGCAACACGAAAGCUCAGCCAGUUUAAUUGAUUUGAUUUAGUUAAUGCCAUCGAUCUCAGGCUUGAUUAUCGAUUGGCUGUUGAAUGCACGGAUUAAUCAAAUAGGUUGAAGGCACGCAAUGCAAAAUUCCAAAUUGAUUGUGGACCUCUUCGGUUUCUCCUUGUAUAAGACCUUGAAUUUAGAAAUUAUUAGUGAGCUAUCGAAAGUUUUCAGUGGCAUCACAUAUUAUCUGCUUACUUGGAACAUAUAGAAAAAUAGAAUUAUUAAUUAAUAAAUUAAUUGUAUUGAGCAUUAUACUUCCUUAGUCUGAGAGUAUAUAGCAUUGGGCAUAAAGUUAGUAUUAACUAUUCACCAUGUAACUAGCUUCUUAGUAAAGGUACAAAUUAAGGACUGAAGAGAAACUCCAGACUUUUAAUCUUCAAACUGAAGGCAAGUAAUACAUUUUCAGCCCUUCCAUUUAGUUCCUUGGAGGAUCAAAUUCAAAUGUUGCGACGGAUGAAGACGCACGAAAUUUGAUGCUUUUAUCGCACGUUCAUGUAGUAUUUGGUCAAUCGAUCUCUGCAUCAUGCCUUGACCAAGAUGCAUAUUUAGUUUGAUGAUCUCUGUUGCUUCCAAUUGCACUCCAUUAAUUGUUUGAACUAAUAGUCGUUUUGCUUCAUGUAAUCGAAUGCUUCCUGCGUUCGAUUGGUGAGAGAAGUGCACUCCAAUGCUGUACCAACAGUACUCUUGGGUUUUUCUCUUAGGAGAGCUUUAUUUAGAGUGAAAGGGACUUCCUAAUUAAGAUUUCUUUAUUUUGAAAGAAGCUAGUAAUUAAGAUUUCUUAACAUAUGCACACGUGAAGUUAUAAAACAUGACUCAAAUCUGAUGUUGAUGUGUGUUCGACCAAGUCCCUAAUCAGUUUUUGCACUUUUUCUUCUGAUUUCUCACGCCAACUGAUCAAUUAAGGCAAGUAGGAUUUUAGUUGUGUUCUUUUCUUAUUGUUUUCCUUUCUCUUGCUUUUCGCUUUCUCACCUCCUACCUCCUUGGAGACAGUCCACAAUUGUGAAUUUUCAACAUUAGAAAAAUAAUCACAAUUUUGUGGAAAUGAUUGAAAAACUAAUUAAUAGGUUGCAUUUCACAUGAACAUAGUUAAUUAGAGAACAAAAUGCAUACACUAGGUGUUAGAGCAGUACAAAAGUUAUAGAAGAUGUCACUGCUUACUGCAUGAGUAUCUUUCUUCACAAUCCCAUUCCAUCAUAAAUAUUGCCUAAACAAUUCCACUCAACCUUGUUGCUUGUUCAACUUUAAUUCUUUCAUAACUUGAUAUGAAGGUCAGGACAAUUACUGUAGACUAGUUUCUUCAUGGUUGCACGCUGAAUAAUCGUACACAGAUGCCCUUGCUGUCUCUGAAUUCUCAAACACUGAACAUAUAUUGUAGAACAUUUUACACCUAUUCCUGUCUGAUCUCUUGCUGUGUGUGUACGGAGCAUGCUGCCGUUCUUCCCAAGACUUUGUGUCUCAAUUGGUUAUUUUUGACUUGAAGCGAUCCGUUUCGGUAGUCCCUGAGGCAGCUAGCGUAAGCCUCUUUUGACUUCCAAGCACACAAGUUACUUGCUGCCUCAGAUUCAUCAGCAAGUCACUAGUACUUUUCGGUAUCUAGAUGAAGCAUAUAUAUAAACCACAAGAAAAGCGGCUGCCCAUUUGUGUUCUGAUCAUGAGGAGAUUCAGGUGGUUUCUUGAAAGGAUGUGAAUCUGUGGUUGCAAGAUACUGAAGAAAGUAAUAAGGUGGUUCUUCAAUCUUCAUAGGCUUCAGAGUUCAGAGUUGAGUUAAUGUUUUUGCAAACAAGGUGUCUGCUGACAGUUUGACAGUAAAAAGAUCUGUAUAUAUGGGUUCCUGCGGUAACGGUAGAAGCUCUGAAUAUGAUGAUCCUGCAUCAUUAGAGAAGAUGGAGGAACUGGUUUUACCUCUGAAAUUGAUGCCCUUACACACCAAUGGCCGGUUGUAUGACAUGAGGUUGUCCUCACCUACUGCUACCUGUGUGAUCAAUAGUUCAUCUGGUUCAUUCGACCCGAUCUACCGAGCUUGGACGAAGAAGUAUCCUUCAGCUCUAAAUGCCUUUGACCACAUUGUUGCCUAUGGCAAAGGGAAGAAGAUAGCGCUGUUUUUGGACUACGACGGUACACUGUCGCCAAUUGUCGAUGAACCUGACAAUGCUAUCAUGUCUGACCAGAUGCGCGAGGUGGUGAGGAAUGCUGCCUUGCAUCUACCCACUGCGAUUAUCAGUGGAAGGUCUCGUGAUAAGGUGUUUGAUUUUGUUAAACUAACAGAAUUGUACUAUGCUGGUAGCCAUGGAAUGGACAUCAUGGGUCCAGUUGGGGAACAUGAUUCAGUUACUAACCAUAGGAGCUCCAUUAACUCAAAUAGAAAGCAGGGCAAGGGAGUGAAGAUCUUCCAGGCUGGUACUGAAUUCUUACCAAUGAUCAAUGAGGUUUUUAGAUUGCUCAUCGAUAAGACAAAGGCAAUCGACGGUGUGAAAAUUGAGAACAACAAGUUCUGUGUAUCGGUGCACUACCGCAAUGUUGAGGAGAAGAAUUGGCAACUUGUUUCUCAAUGCACAAAUGAUGUCCUAAAAGUCUACCCUCGCCUCCGAUUGACUCAUGGACGAAAAGUUUUGGAAAUUCGUCCAGUGAUAGACUGGAACAAGGGGAAGGCUGUGGAGUUCUUGCUGGACUCCCUAGAUCUAGCUAGCUGUAAAAAUGUUCUCCCUAUUUACAUCGGGGAUGAUUGUACCGACGAGGAUGCUUUUAAGGUUCUUCGUGACGAUAAAAGGGGUUUCGGGAUUCUGGUGUCAUCUGUACCAAAGGAUUCUCAUGCCCUAUAUUCUCUGAUUGAUCCAUCUGAGGUUAUGGAAUUCUUGAAAAGACUAGUGAUGUGGAAGAACGAAGAAGCAUCACAUAAUAAGUAGAUUAUAAAUAUAUCUGAUGUUUACUCUAGGGUAGAUUUCUGAAUUCUGACAAAGAGAAUAAGCAGAAGGGCAACAGAAUUAACUUGGACAUAGUGGACAGUUGUACAUCAUAUAGUUAAUCCAUUUUCUUAGCCUAGCAAGUGGCAAAAUAAAAGUAAUUGCCAUGUUGUACAAGAAUGCGAAGCAUUCUGCACAAGUCCAGUUCUUUGAAUAAUGGUCUCAGUUGUAGAAUGGUGUAACUUGUUAAUGAACUGUGAUAUAAAUUUUUGGGCUAAA